ACUAGAGGAAGCAUAAGUAUGUUAUGGUAGUUUAUUUAUAGUAUAUUUUUCUGAAAUUCCAUUAUUUGUAAUUUUAUAUGUUAUCAAAUAGUUUUGAAUUUAGCGCUAAAGAAAUUCAGAAAAUUAUAGUUUCUCUGUCGUACGAUAGAUGGCGCCGUAAAACGAAGUUGAGUUUGUUACUAUCGAAAUGUGUUCUAUCUGUUAUACGUAGUGUGUGAUUGUACGGUUUAGUUGGUACAUGUAUGACGUAUUAGGUAAUUCGAAUUUAUAAAAUAAACAGAUGUGUUUUAACUUUCGUCAAGAUGAAAAAUAAAUUUAUCGAUGUGUUAGCUCGCAUGAAAGUAGAGUAAUUACUGUACUGUAUUAACCUAACUUAUGCACUAAUAAAUUUCGACAAUAAAUUACACGUAUAAAACUAGUAAUGUUAAGCAAACAAAUUUACAGAGCAUUUAUUUAGUACUGUCGUAAACAUUCAAGUAUGGAAUACUGUAAAUUGUAAAAUGUGCUUAAAAUUUACGAUUUAGGUUCCAUGGAUUUAAUGUACUAACUUCUACGUGUAACGAACAACAUGGCAAAGCGUAACUCGGAUAAAAUUGUUUUGAGCUAUAAUGACUGUUUAAUUAGAGCAAGCGAUUUAGCGUUACUUCAAGGACCGCAUUGGUUAAACGAUGUUAUAAUAGGAUUUUAUUUUGAACACCUGGACGUAAAGUUUAACAAAAAUGAGAACAAAGAACUGUACUUUAUUAGCCCCGAAUUAACGCAACUGAUGAAGAUGACAGAUCCGUCCGAAUAUAGCGUGCUAUUAGAUCCAGCCGAUAUGUUAGAAAGCAAAUGCAUAUUUUUCCCUCUGAAUAACUGCAAUAGCAGAGACACGGCAGGAGGAUCGCAUUGGAGUUUAUUAGUAUAUUGUAAAAGGGACAAAACAUGUUACCAUUUCGAUUCGUCUAAAGGUUACAACAAUAGUAUUGCUUCAAAGUUUGCAAAAAAUCUAAUGAACUUUCUGCUUGAUAAAAACGAACCUAGUAAGAAGUUCCUUGAAUCGGAUUGUCCGCAACAGGACAAUGCGUACGAUUGUGGAAUUUAUGUUCUCUGUCUAACAGAUAUAGUUACAGAAAAUGCCAUAAAAACUGGAAGAGUAGACGGAUGCGAUUGUAGUAAAGCUAAAAACUUGGUGCCUACAAAACGCACAGAAUUAUUGCAUUUGAUAAACGAACUAAAGCGUAAAUCAAGUGUAACAGAAUGAUGUGUUAUAACGAAACUGUUAUAUUUUUUCUAAAAUAUACAUUGUAAAUAUAAUUAAAUGUUGUCGUAUACCCUGUUAAUAAAUAUGUGUUCUACUGUACGCUGUAGGUUUCCAUUUUAAAAAAAAAAAGUGCACGCAAAGGUGCAUUAAAUUA